UCCACUUUGCAGAACACGAGUUGAUGAGAAAAAAAAUACUUCUCGGCCCCGGCCAGCCAUGAGCUGUUUGGAUGUUAUGUACCAAGUCUACGGUCCUUCCCAGCCCUACUUCGCAGCAGCCUACAGCCCCUACCACCAGAAACUCGCCUUUUACUCCAAAAUGCAGGAAGCCCCAGAGAGCGGCAGCAGCGCCAGCGCCGGCAGCUCCUUCUCCAGCCACGCAGCGGCCAGCAUCAAGGAGGAGGACUGCAGCCCCGAGAAGGAGCGACCCCCCGAGGCCGAGUACAUCAGCUCCCGCUGUGUCCUCUUCACCUACUUCCAGGGGGACAUCAGCGCCGUGGUGGAUGAGCACUUCAGCCGGGCGCUCAGCCAGCCCAGCAGCUUCUCCCUGGGCAGCGCGAAGGCGGCGCGGAACGCGGGGUCCUGGCGGGAUGGAUCCUUCCCAAUGAGCCAGCGCAUCUUCCCGCCAUCCUUCUGGAACAGCACCUACCAGCCCUCCUCGGUCCCAGCCAGCCUGAGCAGCCCCCUGUCAGCUGCUGCCCACAGCGAGCUGCCCUUCGCCGCUGCCUCCGACCCCUACGCGCCCGCCUCUCUGCACGGCCACCUGCACCAGGGUGGCCCCGAGCCCUGGCACCACGCGCACCACCACCACCACCACCACCACCACCACCACCCCUACAUCGGCACACAGAGCACCGCCUACCCCCGCCCCGCCGCCAUGCACGAGGUCUACGGGCCCCACUUUGACCCCCGCUACGGCUCGCUCCUGGUGCCCACCGCCUCCGUCCGCCCGCACCGCCUCACCCCCGCCUCCGUGUCCACACCAGUCAGCCCCCCCUGUGAACUGGGCAAGGGUGAAGCGGGCGCUGCUGCAGCCUGGACGACACCGGGCCCCUUCCCCAGUGCAACGGGAGACAUGGCACAGAGCAUUGGCCUCAAUGUGGACACAGGUAAUGAGCUGCCCUCGGUUUCUUCUUCCUUUUUUUGUUUUUCUUCUCUCCAUUCUCAGGUUUGCAACCUCAGGAUAAAAGCAAGGAUCUGUACUGGUUUUAGAGCUGUCCUUCACUCUUCUUCCCCUGGCUCUCCCCUGUAGCUCUCUACCCGUUAGACAUGGUGGCAUUCAGAGCUGAAAUCGGGUCAGUUUGUAACAGCUUCUGAUCUUGGUUUGCAGCUCGCCGUUACUCCUUCUGUGGUGGAUCCCUUCUGAGCUGAUGUGCUGACUCAAAGACUCUCAGAUCUCCCCUUGCCCUUUUCCAAGCCCACUGUGGUCCUGCUGCUCGGGGAAAGACAACAGGAUUUAAAAGGACCCGGCAUUGCAAGGGUGAUACUUUAGACUUGUUUUGGAGAGGAAAGUCACUCUGUUUCAAGAGGAGAGCCAAAGACAUUGAACUUCUAUUUAAGCAGACCCCACAUCCAGACCUGCAGCAAGACUACUGUGAAAGAGUCAAAUGACAUCAUGGAUGGUGAUGCAAAACAACCACUGGCCUUCAUACAGGCAACAGAGGAAAUCGUGGGGGUUUUUUAGUGGUGUGAAUAUUUUUUUAUGGCAGUGAAAGUUAUUUCUUGAAUGCAGCCAUGGGAAAGAUAUUCAGCAGUUUUGAACUGGAUUUUUAUUUUGCAUUAUAGAAAAGUAAAAGGACAAGAAACUGGAACUCAUGAACUUUUUUGGACUGUCAAGGAACUGGUCAGAUUUUUCAGCUUUGUGGUUGUGAGUGGCAAGUGUCUGACUGGGGCCACCUGCCCUGGACUUACAGAUAUGCAGCUGUUCCCCUCACAACUGCUUAAAUCCCAGAAAGACGAAAACCAAGGUGGCACUUCUCAGAGUUUGGCACAUUGCAUUGGCUGUAUAACAGUUGUUUGGUUGGGGGUGGGGUUGUUUGGUUGGUUUUGGUUGGCUUUUUUUUGUGUUUUUUUUUUUUCUUUUUUUUUUCUUUUUACAAUAAACAUUUUCUGGUGAAAGUUUAACCCUCUUAAAGCAGGGUGAGAAACGAAUCUGAUGAAGAAUGGCUCGCCUCCAACCCAACACCCAGAACAAAAAGCACUUGGUGGACAUUAGUUCUGAGUUGCCUCUAACACUUCCCUUUGUCUACUUGUUGCUGUCAUUUUGCCACUUUAGUCGUUGUUUUGUUUGGGGUUUUUUGAAAGGGGCAAACAGAUAUUUAACAGUAGCAAAGCUGUAUUAAAGGAAUCUCCUUCAU